GUGUCACGAAAGGAUAGUUAGUUGCAAGGGAGGUUUGACACUGUGAACAACGGAAUAGUUUUAGCUGGUGUGUGGUGUUCAGUCUUUGAUUAAACGUGUGUCUGUCAAAACGUGUGUCGGUGAAAAUGUAUGAAGGUCAGCACGUCCAAGUCCCAAUGGAAAGCUUUGUACAAAUGCCUCAAGGUUCCUCUGUCAAAGUUUCAAGAGACAACUCCAGGCACGACCCCGACGACCGCUACUGCACGAAACAAGUGGUCGUGCAGCUGUUCGUCUUGGGGCUCCUUCUGCUCGCCGUGGCACUCGGGGCUUUCUUGGCCUCGGUGAGAUUCUGCCGAUUGGGCUUCGAGAACAGCUGUUACUACGGAUACGUCACCGCGUCGAAUAUUGGGGUGGCUGCUGUCUCGGCUGGGGGCAUUUUCAUGUUUCUCGCAAUUGUGGGAUAUUGCAGUCGGUGUUGCAACAAGUCAUUGUAGAUAUGUACAGAAUCUGUGAUAAUUAUUCAUGUCAGAUUUAUGUAAUAGAUCUGUGAUGUGUUUCUUUGUGAAUGUUAGAAUAAAGAUAUAAUUUGUUGAUAAUGCCUUAUAGUUUGUUUUAUUUUAUUGUCAGUAAAGGUAAAAA